AUGACCACCCUCGAUUCUCCCAAGACACCCAGGGCCGACUACGCUGCCGUCACGGAAGACGGCACCAAGACCCUGAACACGCAGCCCAGUCUACCCAUUCUUGCCUCUGGCGGUCGGCCAGACAUGUGGGAGCCCUCUUCGGCUCGUUCGGGUGACUACGACUACGCCAACGACCUGCAGACUGCGCCGCCAUCUCGCUCGAAGCCGUCAUGCCUUCCGUCACCGCUCCGAAAGCUCGCUCGGACGUGGAUGGUGCUGCGUUGGCAGCUCUCUCGCAGCUUCUUCUCCGUGCCGCUGCCGUUCCUCACCUCCAUGUUCGACGUCAAGCUGGGAGAUCUGAUCAUCACGCUGCCAAUCUGCUUGGUCUUCAUCAUCACCACAGCGAUGCAAGCCAUCAACGACCGCGAAGUGGAAGGAUCCGGCGGCCCACCAACCUACGGUCUGCUCGUCGUGUUCAUCCUCACGGUUCGGAACAACUCGGUCCUGCUGGCACUGACCGGCAUCUCGUACGAGCGCGUGUUGUUCUACCACAAGAUCGCCGCUCUGGUCACGAUCGCCCUCUCGGGACUGCACGGCCUCGCUUACAUCCUCGCAUACGACAAGGGCGAGAUCUCUGGACAAGGCAGCAUGGUGUUCUCUGGCACCGUGGCGUUCGGCGCCAUGGUGCUCAUGUUCGUCUUCUCGCUGGGCUUCGUGCGCCGCAGGUUCUUCGAGUUCUUCCUGCGCACGCACUGGGUCCUGUUCAUCGUUGUGCUGGUGUUCGCAGUCAUGCACGGAGCGUCGACCGCGUUGAUCGGCGUCAUCCCCUGGGGGAUCGACAUGGCCUUCCGUCACGCGUACCGUCCUCAAGUGUACGCUCGUGGAUCAAUGAUCGGCGGCAACAAGACUGUGUCCGAGGACGCACCCGCCAGUGUCGUGUCUAACAAGCGCAUGGGAGUCAUCGCGCGUGACCAAGUGACUGUGACGUCUCUGCCUGGCAACUACGUGUUCCUGUGCGUACUGAGCAUCUCCAAGCUGCAGUGGCACCCGUUCACGAUCUCGUCGUCUCCGCACGAGCCGAUGGUGACGUUCCACAUAAAGGCGCUCGGAGACUGGACCUACAAGCUGCAGUCGAUGGUUACUGCCGUCUCCGGUGGAGCGGAUGUCACUGCUCCGUUCGACAUCCUGGUCGACGGUCCGUACGGCAGCGUCUCGAUUGAUAUCGAGAGCCCCGCCACGUACUCGCACUUCGUGCUGUUCUCCGGUGGCAUCGGCGUUACUCCCAUGCGCUCCAUCGUCAACUGGCUGCACCACGACGUCCACCACGGCGGUCGCUCCGGCGUCGAGCGCGUGCACUUCGUCUGGUCCGUUCGUGACCGUGAUAUGGUUCGGAGUCUGGUCGUCGACGAGGCUUACAAGACCGGAGAGUACAAGGGCGAGAGCUACUUCCCCAAUGGAAUCGUCAACGACCGCGGCGGCGCCUUCUCGAGCGAGAUCUACCUCACGCGCUCGGAGCAGGACAUCGAGUCGGCGGAGAUCGACCGUCACCUCAACGGCAGAUAUCGCUACGGAGCUCGUCCUGACGUUGCGGCCACGCUGCGAUCGAUUGGUGAGCAGGCGAAGCAGAGCGGCAAGAAGCGAGUGGCGGUGCUCGUCUGCGGGCCGUCGAGCAUGGUGAGCGACGUGAUCAACAAGAGUCUGAACCUUUCCUGGGAGAUGAAGGUGCACUUCGAUGUGCACAGCGAGGUGUUCGAGUUCUAG